AUGUAUCACCAGCGAAAUAGUCAAAACAAACAAGCAGUCAAUAAUGAAGUUCUACAAACACAAUUACAUGAUAAAUUUUUAGAUGAAAGUACUGCUGUUACUUUUUCUGAUACAGCAACUACAUCACGUCAAUUGCAAAUUGAUGAUUCUGCAUAUAAUGUGACUAAUAAUGUGACAAGAACUGAUCUUUUGCAAGAGUCAAAUGAAGUAUCCUGGAUUCGUGGCAGAGACCUCCACAUUCUGACAUCAGGUCGAUUAACCUUUACUGCUGACCCCAGGUUUAGUGUCUCACAUACACCAGGAGAUCUAUCUUGGGGUCUUGUGGUCAAAAAAGCAAAAUUAGAAGAUUCUGGAAGGUACGAAUGCCAAGUCAACACUGACCCUAAAAUCAACUACAAUGUCACUCUGGUCGUCAAAGAGUUUGUCCCUAGAAGAGAAAAAGAUGGAGAGGAGACAGAUGUGGUUUUAUUGUAG